UCCCCAACUCUCCAAUUCUCUCGUUGUCUCUUUAACGUACGCCAAUAGUACAGCUCCCUCCUACAUCAUAUUUUCCACUUCCCCAAGGCUAAUAAUCAAGGAUGUCGGACUGGGGUCCAGUGUUUGUGGCUGUGGUGCUGUUUGUGCUGUUAACUCCGGGCCUGCUUUUCCAGGUGCCUGGGCACCGUCGGUAUGUGGAGUUUGGCAACUUUCAGACCGGCGGUGCAUCCAUACUGGUGCAUUCGCUCCUCUACUUUGCUCUCAUUUGCGUCUUUUUGCUGGCCGUCAAGGUUCACUUGUACCUUGGUCCCAGUAGCGCCGCAGCCUCCCACCGUAGCAGACCACCACUACCACCACCUUGCUGGACCACCCCCACCUCCAAUCUACCUUCCUGCACACCUCACUCCCUCUCCUCCUCACCAAAUCGAGCCCCCUCCUUACACGGGUUCUAUGCUGUUGCAUGGCCCAGAUCUGCUGCCAGUGGCUGCCGCACCACCUCCUCGAGGCUACCAGCCAUCCACCGGCACCCCCUGCUCCCCAAUGGCCAGCCCGAGUCCCCUCUCCUCUCAGUACUGAUCAGAGAGAAAGAAAGAGAACUGCAUAUAUUCAGAAAUAAAGAGAAAAUGGCGGAUUGGGGUCCCGUGGUGAUCGCAGUGGUGCUGUUCGUGCUGUUAAGCCCGGGGCUGUUGUUCCAGCUGCCCGGGAAGGGCAGAAUAGUGGAGUUUGGGAACAUGCAUACAAGUGGGUUUUCCAUCUUUGUUCACACCAUCAUCUUCUUUGGCCUCAUAACAAUCUUUCUCAUCGCCAUUGGUGUCCACAUCUACACAUGAGGAUGACCUGCAAAUUAAUAAUGAAUUAAUGAUCAAUACGUACCCAGCUCUCCUUUUACAUUUAUCUGUGCCCCCCAAGUUGAUUUUUGAGUACUCGAAAGCAAUAUUAUGUUGUAAUCUACCGUUUGUUAAUCUUUCUGCUGCUGUCUUAAGUUUUAUUUUUUUGAAUAGAAAUACCUUAAAUUUCUUCUGGGGAUGUCUUUUUUCAUUGUGUUUUGUCGGCAGUUACUAGUUAAAUGAAUUCAUCAAAGUUGUACUGUUUAA